UGUUUUGGAAUAUAUCUCAGCUGACAUUUUGAAACUGGCUGGAAAUUAUGUUUUCAAUAUACGACACUUUGAAAUCUCCCAGCAAGACAUUAAAGUGUCUAUGUGUGCUGAUAAGGUUUUGAUGGAUAUGUUUGAUCAGGAUGUUAUUGGUUUGGUUUCGCUGUGUGAAGAUGAGCCCUCUUCUUCAGGUGAACUCAAUUACUAUGAGCUAGUGAGAACUGAAAUUGCAGAAGAAAGACAAUAUCUACGGGAGUUGAAUCUGAUAAUAAAAGUGUUUCGGGAAGCUUUCCUGUCUAACAGAAAGUUGUUCACACCGUAUGAUAUCGAUACGAUCUUUAGCAACAUUUCAGAUAUUCAUGAAUUGACUGUGAAGCUUUUGGGGUUGAUUGAGGAUACUGUUGAAAUGACAGAUGAAAGUAGUCCUCAUCCUUUGGCUGGCAGCUGCUUUGAAGAUCUGGCAGAGGAACAAGCCUUUGAUCCAUAUGAAACUUUGUCCCAGGAUAUUCUUUCCCCACGGUUUCAUGAGCAUUUUAAUAACUUGAUGGCUAAACCAGCUGUUGCGCUACAUUUUCAGUCUAUUGCUGAAGGUUUUAAAGAAGCUGUACGGUAUGUUCUUCCACGGCUUAUGCUGAUCCCAGUUUAUCAUUGUUUGCACUACUUUGAAUUAUUACAGCAAUUGCAGGAAUGCAGUGAAGAUGAAGAAGACAGGGAGUGCUUGAAACAAGCCAUUACUGCUCUUUUAAAUCUCCAAUGCAGCAUGGAGCGCAUUUACAAUAAACAUUCACCUAGACGGCGGCCUUGGGAGACAAUUUGUCGUUUCUACAACCGCCAAGUAAGAAGCAAGCACCUGGCCAUCAAAAAAAUGAAUGAGAUCCAGAAAAAUAUUGAUGGUUGGGAAGGCAAAGAUAUUGGCCAGUGCUGCAAUGAAUUCAUAAUGGAAGGUGUGCUGACAAGGAUAGGAGCCAAACAUGAACGCCACAUAUUUCUCUUUGAUGGUUUACUGAUCAGCUGUAAAACUAAUCAUGGACAAUCACGGCUUCCAGGUUACAGCAAUACAGAGUACAGACUUAAGGAAAAAAUUAUCAUGAGGAAAAUGCAGAUCAUUGACAAAGAUGACACUUGUGAAUACAAACAUGCUUUUGAGCUAGCGUCUAAAGAUGAAAACAGCAUAGUGUUUGCUGCCAAGUCUGCUGAAGAGAAGAACAAUUGGAUGGCAGCUCUGAUUUCCCUUCAGUAUCGCAGUACAUUGGAUCGAAUGCUUGAUUCAGUGUUACUGCAAGAAGAAAAUGAACAACCACUGAGGCUACCCAGCCCAAAUGUGUAUCGUUUUGUAGUGGAAGACUCCGAGGAAAACAUUGUUUUUGAGGAUAAUCUGCAAAGUAGGAACGGAAUCCCGAUCAUCAAAGGAGGAACUGUAGUGAAACUAAUUGAAAGGCUAACAUACCAUAUGUAUGCAGAUCCUAAUUUUGUUCGCACUUUCCUUACUACCUACCGCUCCUUUUGUAAGCCACAGGAAUUGCUGAGCUUGUUGAUUGAAAGGUUUGAAAUCCCAGAGCCUGAGCCUACUGAAGCAGAUAGGUUGGCAAUAGAGAAAGGAGAGCAGCCAAUCAGCACAGACCUGAAAAGAUUUCGCAAGGAAUAUGUCCAGCCAGUACAACUCAGGAUAUUAAAUGUUUUUCGACACUGGGUAGAACAUCAUUUUUAUGAUUUUGAAAGAGAUCUGGAGUUGCUUGAUAAACUGGAGACAUUUAUUUCAAGUGUAAGAGGCAAAUCCAUGAAGAAGUGGGUAGAAUCCAUUGCUAAGAUUAUCAAGAGAAAAAAACAAGCUCAAGCAAAUGGAAUUAGUCAUAACAUUACCUUUGAGAGCCAACCUCCCCCAAUUGAAUGGCAUAUUUGCCACCUUGGACAGUUUGAGAUGGACCUCAUGACACUACAUCCAAUAGAAAUUGCUCGUCAGCUAACACUUCUAGAAUCUGAUCUCUACAGGGCAGUGCAGCCAUCUGAACUUGUUGGGAGUGUGUGGACUAAAGAAGAUAAGGAAAUUAACUCCCCAAAUCUAUUGAAAAUGAUUCGGCACACUACAAAUCUUACUCUUUGGUUUGAAAAGUGCAUUGUGGAAACAGAGAAUUUUGAGGAGCGAGUGGCUGUGUUAAGUAGGAUAAUCGAAAUUCUGCAGGUUUUUCAAGAGUUGAAUAAUUUCAAUGGUGUGUUGGAGAUAGUCAGUGCGAUGAAUUCUGUGUCAGUGUACAGACUAGAUCAUACAUUUGAGGCAUUACAGGAGAGAAAAAAGAAAGUUUUGGAUGAAGCAGUAGAACUAAGUCAAGAUCACUUUAAGAAAUACCUAGCUAAACUCAAGUCAAUCAACCCACCCUGCGUGCCUUUCUUUGGAAUCUAUCUAACAAAUAUUCUGAAGACAGAAGAAGGGAAUCCAGACUUUCUUAAAAGACAAGGGAAAGAGUUAAUCAACUUCAGUAAGAGGAGAAAAGUGGCUGAAAUUACAGGCGAAAUUCAGCAGUAUCAAAACCAACCUUACUGUUUACGGAUAGAACCAGAAAUACGGCGGUUCUUUGAAAAUCUCAAUCCUAUGGGAAAUGCACCAGAAAAAGAGUUUACAGACUACUUGUUCAACAAAUCAUUAGAAAUUGAACCUCGAAACUGCAAGCAGCCACCUAGAUUUCCUAGGAAAACAACAUACCCUCUAAAAUCUCCUGGAAUAAGGCCCAAUACUGGCAGACAUUGUUCCACCUCUGGAACCUUGCGAGGUCACCCAACGCCCCUGGAAAGGGAACCAUGUAAAAUAAGUUUCAGUAGAAUUACUGAAGCAGAGCAAGAGUCAGCAGCAUCGGCUCCGACUUCUCCAAAUACGCCAUCUACUCCACCAGUGUCUGCCUCUUCAGAACGCAGUGUAUUUUUAGAUAUUGAUCUCAACAGUUCUUAUGUUGCAAGCCUUCAGUCCUGGAAGAAAUGCACAUGAUGGUGGUGUUGGUUUUUACAAGGUCCUGUAUAGAGGGAGCUAUACAAGUAACAGGAGAGUUUGCUCUUUGCCUUGGGCUUGAUAGGGUCAAUUCUUGAGGCAUAGUUGCUUCUUGGAAGCCAAGCAGGGAUGUUGGGAUUCCUGAAAGGUGUUGCCUUUCUGUUCAGAGAGAGAGAGAGACUGUGAAUAACACAAGUUAUAUCCAGACUCUGUGUUACUGAUUUUCUCCUUGGAAAUAUCCAAGUAUCUAGUAUUGUUUGGCAGAGAGGCGACACUGCUGUCACAAGGGAUGCUGGUGUUGAAAGACGGGGCACCAAUAAGAAUGUUCUGCUAUUUAAUAUGGCAUAUCAUCUUUAUUACAAUGCCAAAGCAAGUCUCAUUUGUAGAAGAAAUUGUAAUGUACUGGAUUUUGAUAGUGAUGGAAUAUAAAGCAGCUUUGGAAAUAAAUUGGAAGUCUUUCUUAAGAGAAAGGAUGGGGACAAUUGAGAAAAUAGAGCAACCCUGAGUUCCACGAAAAAGUUGAAACCCACGAGCACCUUUUCAGCAGAGUGUUACUGCUGGGAGUGGCACAGGAUUAUGGGUCCUUAAAGCUUCAGAGAGGCCUGAAAUGGUGUACGGUGGUUGCCAGCUGCUGAGGUUAUGCUUGGGAAACUUGUUCCAAACACAAGCCUGUCAUGUUUGCCCUUUCUCCCAUAAAUGAUAUGUGAGUGUUCAUGGAAGUUUCAGGCUUAGCCAGCAGAGCUGGUACCUACUUCAUCAGCAUUGUUGAACUAACUGUGUUUCUGCUGCACUCCUUGCGUAUAGAAGCUAUGCACCAAGUACAUAAUGGAUGUCAACAUCUAAUGUUAUUCACAAAAGAACCUAAACUCUAUGCCCUUUCCUCCCCCCUCUUAAAACAGCUGUGCCAAGCACAGCCACGGAAGUGGUUGUUUCUGGGAGAAUGCUGCUUGCCCAUUCAGUUCAGUCCUAUGACUACCUGAUGAGGGUGAAGUGCAUUCAGGUGAAAUUAACUCCUACAAAGAAGGUCAGCACAUGGCAUAUGCACUACUUAAGCCUUAUUUUGAGGGCUAAAGUAGGGCUUUUAAGUAGUGCAUAGGUUCAGUGUUUGUCAUCUGUGCUGGAAUGAAGUCCACCUUCGGUAUUUCCUCUCCACUCUCAAUCUGGUUGCUCUGUGUUGCGCUUUCAGUGGGCAGUUGACCAUUCACACUUGUUGACAGAUUUGGGUGCCAGGAUCCAAAGGAUACAACUACCACCCUGUGAUACCUCUUAGUACAUAUUGCAUGGGCUAGAAUGGAAGGAUAAGAGUUAUGUUCACAUAUUACCAUAAAAAUAAACACCAGAAAGGGGAUUACAUGACAAACUUGAGUUUCAUGUGGCAAAUAGUGAGGGCUCUCCAGCCUCUAGUUAAAAGGUGACUAGGGUGGUUGAUGGUGUCAAAAUUCAGUUGUAAUUUCCUAUGUUUCUAGUAUUCAGUAUAUUCUUAACUAUAACUUUUUAUUAAUACUGUUUAAAAUGCCAUAUAUUCUUCAACAAUAACUUUCAAAGCUUUUGGCCUCAGAAUAUUUAUAUAGUAGAAUGUACCUUGUUUCAACAACAGAUUUGAUAGUACAUCAGAGAUAUUUUAAAGAUGCACUCCAGGGAUGUUUUAUGAACAGAUGAAGGGAAGGAGGAACACUGUUUUGGUGGCAAAAUUUUCUGAUCCAUUUUUCAUUU